AAUUAGUGUGAAUAGCAAUGUGACAAAAUUUGACAUGUUCUGCAUGUUUCAUUCAUUAUUCCUUCCUGAAUUCUUUCUAAUAUUUCAGCAGACGUGACUGAUUAUUUGAAGGACGCGCUACAAACUUGAUAUUUUUGAAUUUCCAUUUCGAGAAUCUAGCAGGAGUCACUUUCUUCGGUUGGCUUUCAAGUGGAACAUUGUCGCAUGUCGGAUUUUCGCACGACUCUGAGACCAAACAUUUGAUUGAAUGAGUCACUGAUCAACUAGGACCCAGGUGUCAUCGGGUGGGAGUUACGCCCACACAAUGGAUGACUUGAAAGAGAUAGAUGGAGUGCCCAACCCUGCUGUCCGUCUUCGUCGAAUGGCAGAAAAGGUUUCAGCCUUAGCUGUGGAUCACAACCUGCCUGCUGUCAUGUAUUUUCGAUCUGGUCUUCAAAUGGUGCGAAUGGCAGAUAUGUACAUCAAACAAGGCGAUGUUAAAGAAGCGUACCUGCUCUACUUAAGAUUUAUAACAUUAUUUCUUGAAAAAAUAAGGGAACAUCCAGGAUGGGCUUCACUCCCAGCACAAGACAGAAAAAUUGUGUCAGAAAAAUUGAAAUCAGCUAUUCCGAAAGCAGAAAAACUUAAAGAGAGUCUUCGGCAACAAUUUGAAGAGGAGUACCAACAAAAGGUGACUUGGUUGAGAGAGAAGCAAAGAGUCGCUGCUGAGGAGGAAGCAAGACGACAGCAGAUUGAGGAACAGAGGAGGCAACAGCUGAAGCAGAAGCAGGAUGCAGUUAUUUCGAAUAUUGGUCGUGCCACCUCUGAUGUUGUGACUGGCCCAACAGUUCCCCUAGACAGCAUAGUGUAUCCUGAUGCCAAUCAUACUUUGCCUAGCAAUCAAAGAGUCAUCCUGCCCUCUGCACCCUACCUGGAACCGACGACAGUCCAUCUCCCAGCUGUUCCCUCCGUUCCUACCAGUUACAAAAGUUUGAGUCCAAGCCUACCAACUAUUGAUAGAACCACAAAGCCAGCCUCGCUAUUAAGUCUUUCUGUUCAAUCUCAGUAUGGUUUACGUAAUGUGGUUGUUCCAAGUCAAUUAGUGGAAAGAUUUUUAGUUCUGGCCCAUGGCACCACUGUUCAGAACAUUGAAACUUGUGGCAUUCUUGCUGGGCUGGUGGAUCAAAAUCAAUUGGUAAUUACUCACCUCAUCUUACCUAAGCAGAAUGCAACACCUGACUCAUGCACAACAGAAAAUGAAGAGGAAGUAUUUACGUACCAAGAUAAACACAAUCUUAUCACCCUUGGAUGGAUUCAUACUCAUCCUUCACAAACAGCUUUCCUCUCAAGUGUUGACCUGCAUACGCAUUGUUCCUAUCAACUAAUGAUGCCUGAAGCCAUAGCAAUUGUAUGUGCUCCACGUUACAAAGAUAACAGCAUAUUUAGCCUCACUCAAAACUAUGGACUGGAUUUCAUUGCAAAGUGCACCAAGACAGGUUUCCAUCCACACCCUUCAGAACCCCCAUUGUUCUCAGUUGCUGACCAUGCUAGGCUUGAAAGUGACUUACCUGUGGAAGUUAUUGACUUGCGAAGAUAGAGGCACCUCUCAGCAAAUUACAAUCAAAUUUAAAAAAUAAAAACUGUUUUUAAUUGUUUUCAAUAGUCUUGAAAAUUUUGUUGUCUUUUUUCUUUUGUUAAUUUACGUACACUUAUGUAUGAUAUUUUUAAUGACAAAAUAUGGAAUGUGUUCUCUAUGGUUAAUUAUUGUUGUGGUUUUGUGCUAGACAACAUUCCUGUUUGUUUGAAAUGGUGGACAAGUCUCUUUUUCACCCCUGCCUUCAUAUACCUGUGGCCUUUCUUAUCAGCAUAUAGUAGUUUAUUUUGAAGUUUAAUACAUAUAUGUUUAUUUUUUCCAAGCCAUUAAUUUUGGUCUGUUGGUUUUAUCAAUGGUGAUACUAGUUCUAUUUCUUGAUACCUUCUCUAGAACACAUUAUUUGUGUCAGUGUAUUUUAAUGUUUGUGUUUCUGGCUUUUAAAUGUCAAAAAAAAAAAAAAAAAAUUCAAUAUGUAGAAUGACAUGAAUUUAUUUCACUCGUGCUAAACUUUUAACAGCUCUCGAUGGAAGCCUUUCCUUGUAAGCCCUGUAGUUGUAUAUUGACCAUAUUGUGUGAACUCUAUCUGUAGUGUAAUUCAAGUUUACAACCUGAAUCCCUCCUGCUCUUCCUCCCAAAUUUGCAAACUUGACCACAGUGCCUAGGAGUUCUUUUAUAAUUGCUUAUCUUUCCAUGUGAUGAGACUACUCUUCUAUUGUUCCAUAUAUUUUUUUUGCGAUUUAACCAAUAACCAUGAUAUGUGACCUAUCCUAUCCAUCUGCUAUAAAUCCCUUCAUUGUUAAAUAUUGUGUAACUGAGUUAAGCCUGUGCUUUAUGUGUUAGUGUGGCUGAUAUAUUUUUUAUGUGGAGACUGAAACUAGAAAUUUGGUCUGCAACUUUUUGGCUGUAAUAAUUUUUUAUGUUUGUUGUGUAUGAAACAGAGAUGGAGACAAUAGUUCUCCAUUUCAAAAUGCCCACAUUCGGUUCUUCAAUUUUUUUUGAACAACUUACCACGGAUAAAAUUACUUUUGUGUUCUGAGAUAAUUAGUCUGAGCUGUAUUUUCACCUUCUCCUUAUACUCUUACUGUUGUGUCAUGAGAAAAAAAUGUAUGUCAAACAAUAUAGUUUUCGCAAAGAUUAAACCUUGCCUCUAUCCUA